CCCACCCUGAGGAUCCCCGUUUGAGGCCGGUGAGGCCGACCCUUUCGGAUCCGGCGUUUGUCCGCCAUGGACUCGAUGAGCGUCCAUGGGAUUCAUGCGAUCUUGGCCACCUGGUUUGUGGUCGUCUUCUUCCAUCACCUGCAUACCAAGAAGGAGGACAUCCUCUUCAUGUUCGAUCGACUCCAAGAAAACUUUCGAUGUUUCUUGGGACAUUGGAUCGUCUCCAAGAAGUUGGACGGAAGCGACGCGGACAUGUCCUCGCCGAUGGAGAGCAUGAAACGAAAGCUCCUGGAGGAGGAGAUGAAUAGCAUUCGGAUUGCGAACUUUGCCGUAGUUGCGAAGCCAUUCCUGCACAUCACCUGGUUCUCCAUCCUGGGUCAGAUUAUUCGAGCAGCUUACCAAUUGAACAGUCUCCACUACAUGUGGGUUGCGACGUGCACCUUGACCUAUGCGGUCUUAUGGGAAGCGGAGCAUCGCCCUUUCACCCCUGAUCGCAGUCGAUAUGUGUGCAUUUUCCUCCACUUUGCCGUCAUUUUCGGCAACAUGGCCUGCUUUGCUGAAGACUGGGACAAGAUGAUUUGUACACAUGCAGCGCACGUCCUUUUUCACCUGAAUUUGGCCACCAUCAUGUCGGAUCUUUGGUCCUCGAUCCCUUUGUCCUUGUGCUUUUGCGCUAGCACCGUCCUUUGCUACAUCUCUGUCUACGGCUGGGCCAGCAUCUCCAACGAGUUUAUGAUGCUUCAGUUUUUCCAACUGGUGGCGUUCAUGGUGAUCCCCGGCCUCAUCCAGGCGAUGGCCCAACAACGGAUCGACAUGGCCUUGCAGUCGAAGGGCGACAAUUUGAUGAUCACGGGGUUCCGCCGUGUCAUCAAAGGUCUUUGUGACGGUGAUUUGCUCUUGGACAGCGACUUCCGUGUCUGCGGCAGUGCCACCUGCCUUCAACGACUACUCGGCACUCAGGCUGAAUUUGUAGGUUUGCCUUUGUGCGAUUGGAUGGAAGCGGAGAGCCAACAGCCGUUUGUGGACUUCAUUGCGGCGUCCUCGGCCGAAGGCCACGAUGCCUCGGCUCCACGGUGCCUGCGAGUCGCCUUCAAGGCGGGGGAGGGUGCCUCUGUCUCUGUCGACCUUUUCCAUGUGGCCAUCCCAGACCUCCAGGUGCCUGGUGGCAAGCAUCACCUGUUGGCCUUGGCGGAAGAUGCCCGACCCUUGCCCGACGCGGAGGUGGAGGAUUGCCCAGCUUCACAACGCUCCGGGCUGGAGCGGCCCGCCAGAGAUGAAGCAGGCGACUUGGCCGCUUCGCUGACCAGCGUCUCCGCCGAUUGCAUCCAAGCAUUUAAGGAGCUGGUGGAACUUAAUCUGUUUCUGGAUCCCUACCAACAUGGCCGUGAAGACGAUUCCUUGUUGGAUGAUGUCUUGGAGGCGCACUUCAAAUUCCAACGUCAGGAGACCACUCCGCACAUCGGUCGAGGGAUGCCCACUCUCAGGAGAUUUGUUCAUCCUAGAGACUGGGAGAUGGUGGAUCAAUACUUGGAGCAGGUGGUGUCGCGUGUCCGCACGAGUCCCACCGUGGAACGCUUCCCCGCCUUGGACCUGGGACCGCUCCUGCUGCGGCUGCCUGGAGAGGCGAAGUCCUACAUCUAUGCCAAGUGUGUCACCGUCAGCUUGGGAUCGGAGGGCGUAGAAGAGGAGGACAAAAGCGAUGCACGUGCUCAGCCGGUCGAGCGGAGCUCAAGGCUUCGCAUCCAUCUUCAAGUGAGUGAGUUUUACACUGGGGAGGCGUAAUGCCCAUCCAUGACACCUGCGCUUUCCCGGAGCCAGAGAAGAUCCGUGAGGACAACGGCAGCUGCGGAAGUCAUCAUUAAAGGAAUUGAAAGUUGGAAGUCAUCAUUAAAGGAAUUGAAAGUUGCAAGACCUUGGUUGACCUACCUAUCUGGAAGGUCAAGCUACAUGAUGGACCAUGGCUCCAGCCUCUGACCCAUCCGCAAUUUGUCAGGGAACGUAUUGGCGUAAUGUCAUGGAAUGAUCAUUCUCGACCCAUACUCCAUGUUUGUCUCUCUCAGACGAUCGUGGAAGCUCAGCGGGGUUUCCUUGAGGAAGACUUGGACGAGGGAUUUUCUAGAUCUUGCUGGGGGAGCUUAUCUUCUAGGUUGUCAGACGAUGAAGCAUGGAUCGAGCUUUGUUAUGAAGACUGAAAGGGUUUGAGAAACUGAUCUUCGAUGAGGGGGUUCAACAUGUUUACAUGUUGCCAUGUUGUUUUCCUUCUACUUUUGAUGUUGUAUACAACAUGUUUUUUGUUGUGGUCUGCAUGGUUUGGAGACUGAUUCUUCCAGACCCCCCUUUCAGAAAACCAGAUCACCAUCAACAGUUUGGAGGGCCUCCAAGUGUCACAGUACCCCGAGGUACCGUAUUUUCGGCUUUAAUGCGUCACAUUGACAAACAGAUGCCAAAACUGCCAGGUGCUCAGAUGUUUUUAUGUUAUUUUAUAUUGUUUAACCUGUGAUUUUCAUGGUCCUGCCAUGCGGCGAGACUGCAGUUUUGUGCAAGACGGGCUGUUUGAUGCUGCUGUUUCACAUCCCAUCACUCUGUUGACAAAGCCCACAUGUUUGGACUGUGUUUAUGCAGAAGGCUCAACCAUGUCUGGACAUUUUGUAAGUCCAAGGAUGUUGAGUCAGAACUGGAAAUGCAACAGCCAAAUCUCUUACGCCAAGAAUGGCGCGACAUGCUAAAAAGGGACAUGCUGCUCACUGGGCGGAAACAUCGAGGUGAAACUCCUGCACAGUAGGAAAAGGGGCGCAGAAUCCCCUGCACCCAUACAUAACAGACGGCAACUUUUUAUAGAUAUCAUAAGAAGGUGUGU